CAUUCUCCCGACUGUAAGAUUCCUUUUCCCUGGGAGCAAAAUCCAUUCCUUGAUUUCUGGCUUUUCUGGUUAUUGUCUCCCUCCCUCUGAUCUGUGGCUGUUCUGUGUAUAGUGAUCCCCCCCUCUGAUCUCGGCUCUUCUCUGCACUUCCCCACACCCUCCGCUAUCUGGCCGCUCUCCACUACCUUGGUGCUGAAAUCUCCAGCUCAUACACACGCCCUGAAGCUUUGGCCGAGGCUGGAAUGAUCAUGGCCGAGUCCACAGAUGAUCCAGGUGGAGAAGAAGCCGCAGGAGGGGUAACUGCCCGGCAGAGAGAACACUCACCCAUGUUGCAUUUGGACCUUUAUAACUUUGAGUGCAAUGAAGCAGAGGGAAGCCGCUAUGUUCUGACCAGUCCACGAUCUCUAGAAGCCUGUGCUCGCUGCAUGGUAAAGCCAGUGGAACUUUUGUCUAGGAGCCUAGCUGAUCUGGUACGUGAAGCACCAGGACGAUCCAUGCGGGUGGCAAAAGGUCUUUGUGAGGUAUAUGAAAUAGAGCGUCAGAGAAAGCUGCAGAUGUGCAGGGAGGAAAGAGAACGAAUUAUACGUCAAGAGAAGAGGAGAAUCCUCCCUUUAAUGAUGAGCAGCAGCCUGGGACCACCCUCCAGUUCAAAGGCCCCAUCUAGAGCAGAACCUCAUUCUUCAACGGCUGCACAAAAUUCUGAUCUUCCAAAAUCUGUAGGACAACAAAAUAAUGAACCAUCAACCAAGAGUCAGACUCAGAAAAACACUAAUUUGUCUAAAGGAUUUCAAAAAACGAAUCAACCCCCAUUAAAGGGACCCCAUAAACAUCGCUCAAAAGUGUCUACAAGCCUCCAGAGAAGUGAAUCAUUAAUAUGCAAUGAUGUUCAAAACAGAGGGCCCACUGUUUCCAAGAAACCGAUCUGUCCUGCUCCCCCAAAACACAAAAGUCAGUCCCUGGAUUCCUUGCAGAAGGCAAGAGGUGGAGCUUCUGCAAAAACCUCCUCUGAGUCUACAACCUCCUCCUGUAGUGGGGAUGGGAGGGCUGUGCAAUUCAUCCAGAGGUCUAGGACGCUAGAUACUGUCAAUUCCCUGAUGGGUCGGAGCUUUAGUUUAGGAGAUCUAAGUCACUCACCCCAAACAGCCAAGAAGGUGGAGAAAAUGGUAAAGGAGGUAAAAAAGAGGGGAGUCCAAGAACUACCUCAGAGAGACAAGAAGAUAGCAGCAAUUAUGAUUGCCAAGCACCAGGAAGAGAAUAUCAGGAAGGAGCAAAGGUACUUGGCUCACAUACAGUGGGACAUACAAAGAAAGAACUCUGAACUCAGAAAGGAGCAAGAAGAAAAGGAAAGGCAGAAGGCCCUAUUACAUGGACAAAGGUCUUGGGAGCGUCAUAUGAAGAGUAGAGAAAACAGAAAUUCUGUUGGAGAGAUGAGUACAGCUUCCCUGACCCAAAGUAAAAGUCCCCUACUGGAGGAAAAAGGGAAAGACCAAGUUCAGGAAUUAGAGAAGAUCAAAGGUGAAAAGCUGGCGAACACACAGACAGUCAAACAAAAGAAGUCAAAGGAGGAAAAAAAGGAGCAGGAAGGAGGUUUAUUUCAGGAUAAGUUACUUGUGGCCCAGCACAAAAAAAAAGAAAACGAAGAGCAAUUGCACAUAAGUAAAAGCCUUCAGAAUAAAGCUGAGAAGAUGAAACACCAGGCUAUGGCACAGGAGCUCACCCAGAAGAAGGAAUAUGAAACUGAGGAACUAAGGAAGACUCUCCAGAAAAAUCUACAAAAGGCCCAAGAGAAUGUAGAACAACUACUGGAGAAAAGGAACCAAGAGUUGAAGGAGAGGGCCCGUAAGGAAGAGCUGCAAAUUCUACGGGCUAAACAAGCAGCAGAGAAACAAGAGCAAGGACGUCAAGAGCAUUUGCAGAAACUGGCAAUAGUUGCUGAAAAGAGACUGCAGCAUGCUGCUCAAGUUGCUGAGGAAGUGGUACAGCACAAAGCAAGGAAAGCCAUAGAGUGCCGACUGGAGAAAGAAAGGAUACAGAGGGAGAACAGACAAAGAGUUCAGAAGAAUGAGGAUAUGAAACGAAAGGAGCUACUGGAAUCAAUAGAAAAGAAGCUGGAAAGAAGUGAUCAUAUAUUCAGGGAAAGGCAGACUGUGCUUGACAAUGCACGCUCAGUUGCCAGGGCAUCCUUUAAUAUCCGGGAGAAAGUGCGAGCUGAAACAAAUACUAGAACUUUUGAUAAAAUGGCAUUUGAAGCUGAACUAUAUGCUAACAUUAACAAAAAAUGAAGGACAACAUGAUAAUAAGAAUAACACAGCUACGCCAGACACAGAGACCAUUGUCUUACUAGACUACAAAAGAAUUGCUAUGCACUUCUGAAUGGUUUAACUAUUAGGCUAUAAAAGGAAGUUUGCUAACUGCAAAAAGUUCAACAUCACUUCUGGUACAUUUACUAAGCCAAAGGUGCAAAAAAUAAACCUCAAGAAUAUCUCACAGGAGAGGGUCAAGGGGAACCUCAUAUGAAAUUAGUCCAACUGACCCUCAGCAAUGCUGAUUGCUAUAUCUUGUAAAACUGCCUUUGUUAUUGUGCCAUUGAGAACUAGAGGUGUCCUGUCCAAAUCUCCAAAUCAGUGCAGGAUGUUUUAUAUUCAGGGACCAUCACUGAAAAUACACAACUGUCCUAUUGUUGAUAUUUUACAAACCUCCCAAGCUAGUAUAAAGUCACGAAAAUAUAUAAAUUCAUUUUUUUCUAAUAAUUGUGAAUACAUUUUUUGAAACACUAUUCACCCUGUUUUGACUACACUAUAUAAAAAGGUUUCUGAAUCUG